AUGGCGGCUCCGUCGAACGGUAGUGGUAAUUUAGUAGAAGAAUUUGAAGAAUCCUUUCAGGCAUGUCUGAACGUGCUGACGAAGCAGGAGGCGUCUCCGUGCGUGGAGAAGGAAGAGGUGAAGGUGGAAGUCGAGCGGUUCAUUGACCUGGCCAGACAGAUGGAAGCUUUCUUCCUGCAGAAGAGGUUCCUCCUCUCAGCCAUGAGACCAGAGCUAUUGGUGAAAGAGGAUAACAAUGAACUAAAAUGUGAGCUCCAAAGGAAGGAGGAACUGCUCAGAAGGCAUUAUGACAAGAUCAGCCAGUGGCAGAACUUGUUAGCUGAUCUGCAGGGUCACACAGUAUACAAUAAGUGUCAGCAACAGACAGCGCAGGCGCCGCCCGCCGUGCAACAAGCGCCCGCGCCGCAACACGUCGUGCAACAGAGCGUACAGGCGCAACAAAUGGCCGCGGCGGCCGCGCAACAAGCAGUGUUACAGCAACAGGCAGCGUUACAGCAACAACAGGUACCCCGCCCCCCGCACCCGCCCGCGUAUCCCGCGAACGUGCAACGUCGGUAG